UUUUAUUUUCCUUUUCAUGUUCGAGCGAAGCAGUCUCGCACUCGUGAUUUUAUUUUGAAAAUGCGCGUGUCGUGAAGUAAGGACUUAAUUUUUUCGUACGGUUUCUGUGACAGAGAUUAGGUACUUUUCAAUUUACAAUGUGAAAUCGACACAUGACGUUGGAAUGCACUAUAGUUAGAGUAAUCUGAAAUUACAUCAUUUGGUGAAGAACUAAGAUGUCAGAAGUGGGUCAACUGGUACCACCAGUGACCCAUAGUCGGCCAAACAUGACAUACAAAUUCAAUGGACCCCACAUUGAAGAUUCAUUUUGCACUUCGAUCGAUACCAACUAUGAUCCCAUUAUAAGCAUAAUAUGUGCUAUGUAUAUUGCAUUUGGGAUUGUGUACACGCUAUUUGGCUAUCGCUGUUUCAAAGCCAGUAUGUUUUUGACUGGUUUCACUUUUGGCUCUGCUGUUGUAUAUCUCAUAUGCCUACAAGAGUACCUGAUGCCUCCUUAUGGUAAUGUCGGAGUUGCGCUUUGCGCGGGAUUACUCUUCGGUCUCAUCACCAUGCUGAUACAGUACGUUGGGCUGUUCAUGACUGGUUUCCACACCGGACUUUUGCUGGCUAUAGCUGGACUGGCCGUCUACGAUCACUUCUUGGACAAAAGACCGACUGCGUAUUGGAUGUGCGUUGUGGUGCUGCUAUGCUCCGGUAUAUUUUUCGCAGUUAUCAACUUAUACUGGAAGAAAGUUCUAACAAUCUUCGGAACGAGCGUGUACGGCGGUGCAAUAAUAGCUACCUCCCUGGACUACUUCUUUGAAAGAAUGAUGAUGCUAAAAUGGUUAUGGGAGCGUGCGAAGUUGGAACCAGCCGUGGCUCCACCGUGUCGCAUGUCUUGGUUGACGUUGGCAGCCUGGCCUGCUGCAGCCAUCGUGGGACUCACAGCGCAAUGCGCGCUCACGGCCACCGGAAUCUACCACGAGCAAAGUAUAAGCGCUCAGAAACGACGCCUCAAAGCUCAGCAGACCCGUCCGAUCACACGCGAGCAACGAGCCGAGAUGAAGCAACGCAAGUACCGAUAUCUGUACCAAGUGCGCACCGCUCACGGAGAUGUUAUAUCCCAGUCAUACGUUCAAGCGCUACAGAAGAAAGCUCAAUGCGGGAACUGGAGUGGCGAGUGUAGCACGCUGCAGAGCGACUCGACCCACUUGACCGUGCUCGCUGGCUCCGAACAAGCCCCGCCCACUGACUCCGACGACGACUUGAACCAAAUCAGAGCAGCGCAUUAAGACGAUUGCGUUUAUUUAAAUAAGAUAUAUCCAAACUAUUUCGAUCCAAGGCCAUUCGAGGUGAGCUGUAUAUUUUCUGUAAACGCAUCCAGUAUUAUAUUAACCGUAAAAUCGACUUCCCGCAUAUAUGUGGUUUAUAAUUUAGUAAACUUUAUAGUAGGUAAUAAUAAUAAUAAUUGUAAUCGAUGUGAAUUUAACGAUAUUCUAUUAAUUGUGCGACGAAGGAGUUCAAGGCCUAAAACACGCGUUUUAUUCAUAACAUUGCCAAAAAAAUUUUUUUGAUAGUUUUUAAGUCAAUUUUUAUGUUAGUGUUUUUUCGAUGAAUUUAUACUUGCUUGUUUCGCGACGGUUCCAUGAUUGUCGGUGAAUGAUAAACCUAAAGAUUGCAUUGUCCGAAUUAAAUGAGAAACGACUUCAAAGCUUUAGUGAAAUUAAUCACACAGCAAACAACGAAAUGAAAAAAAAUAAAAAUAAAAAGAAAACAAAAUAAGUUUGUAAAAAAAAAUAUGUUUCAGUUCCGAUAUAGAUUUUAUUUUUAAUUAUUACCACAAUCGUUUUGGUAUAGUGUAUGAGAUAUAUAUUCGCGAAAGUUUUUGCAAACAAACACACGCACAAAUUUAUAUAAAAUGAGAUUUUGAUAAAGCAAUAUAUCUAAGAGCACGCUGGCACACAUGCAUUCCGUAAAACUAAUACAGAAUACAUAUAGAGCACUGAAUAUGCAGAAGUUCCAAACUUAUAUUUACAAUCAUAACUAUCGGAAAUCUGUGCGGGGUCCUCUUCUGUAUUCAUUCCAAUUCUAUGACUUCAUUACAUCAGGUAGGCCGCGACUCGAACUUAUAAUCAAUCGUAGAAUUUAAUUCAGCACAAAAUAAGAAUUAUUCUUGUCAGCCUCACAAAAUAGAAGGCAAAAUAAACAUUCCGAAUAUGUCGUAUGUAAAUGUUAAAUAAUAAUAAAAACGACUUUAAGCUAACAAUUUUUAGAGUUGAUUAUGCGUUGAAAGGCAGAUCUGAGUGUCGUGUGCAUUAUUAGAAAUAAUACGCCACAAUUUAAAGACUUGUAUACACAUUAUACCGAUCCGUAAAUCGAACACUGCCAUUUUAUUAAUAGUCUCGUUUGAGUACACGUCGUAAUAAUGUGCGGUCUUGAACUCCUAAUUUAAAAUAAAGGUUGUGUUGUUGUUUCGUGUUUUAGAUUAAGCCAAACAGUGUGCUUAGUGCGAGUUUUUUAACGUUCUCGAUAGCGUAGAAGUUUAUUUUUUAUUUUUUUUUAUUGCUCAGAUGGGUGAACGAGCUCACAGCCCACCUGGUGUUAAGUGGUUACUGGAGCCCAUAGACAUCCACAACGUAAAUGCGCCACCCACCUUGAGAUAUAAGUUCUAAGGUCUCUGUAUAGUUACAACGGCUGCCCCACCCUUCAAACCUGCUUCACGGCAGAAAUAGGCAAGGCGGUGGUAUCCACCCGCGCGGACUCACAAGAAGUCCUACCACCAGUAAUUACGUAAUUUAUAAUUUUGCGGGUUUGAUUUUUAUUACACGAUGUUAUUCCUUCACCGUGGAAGUCAAUCGUGAACAUUUGUUGAGUACGUAUUUCAUUAGAAAAAUUGGUAACCGCCUGAGAUUCGAACACCGGUGCAUCGCUCAAAACGAGUGCACCGGACGUCUUAUCCGUUAGGCCACGACCAGUUCUGAAAGUUAGCUCAUAUUUGUAUGGAAUAGGAUCGUUUGCCGCUAGGAGCGCUGUUCCAACUACAUACAAAAUUGGGUUAACUUUUACGCUAUCGAGAACGUUAAAAAACUUGGACUAAGCACACUGAACAAACGAAAACAUAAACGUUUUUGUAAUUCGUUGGUACUCUUAGAAUGACAAUAGUUUAGGCGGCAGAAAUAAUACAUUUCGGAUAUCCUGCUCACACGCAUGUUAAGUUGGAUAUGAGUAAGCGAAACGGAAACAUAAAAGAAAAUGAUGGAUUUGUGAAUUUGACUUGAGAAUAACAAAAUCUUGUGUUUGGAGGUGGCUCGACAAGGGAACACGAAAAUGCAGUAGAUAAGCACCGAAUGAUUAUGUGAUAACGCCAAUAUACUUAGUACAAGCUCAGUAAGAACAAUUUAAAUUUUAGGAGAAAAUACUUUUUUUUUUUCGCUUUUCACCGCGUGUCAAAGAUUGUUUUCUGUUGGAUUGUUAAACUGCUUGUUAAACUAUAUUGGAGUUAUCACAGCCAAAGGUUUGCAGGUAGCGUUUGCAUUGAAGAUAUGAGCGCUUCUAUGGUCUAUUUAAUAAAAAUAUAGAACUGCUUGUUGGCAGCCCUAAUUUAUUUUUUCUCACGUUUCUUGCUGUUCCUAAAGUCAGUGCGAUAGAUUUGAUAAUACACAACGUGUUUAGUCUUGUUCGCGGCCUGGCUCCUUCAAACCUACACGAUCUUUUAUUUUCUUUCAAUAACUUGGCAAUCCAUAAGUAUCCAUAUUAUCAUUUGGCCAAGACCUCAAAGCUAUGUAAGAAUAUACCACGAGGAACAAAUAGGUCUAAGCUUUGACUAAAUAUUUCAUGUUCCCUUGUUGUCAAACGUAAAAAUGGAAAACGUGGCUGGUCGAUAUAUUUUUAAAAUUCAAAAAAAUUCUCAUAGCAACUUUUUGAAACGCAUUUGAAAAAUAAUUAUGCAAAUUUACUUGAUCUCGUUCGAACUUUUUAUUUAAUUACACCAAACUUAAGCACUGAUUCGAUCAAUAGAAUUGAGUAAUUUCAAUAUUGUGCAGUACCUUUGAACAUUAAUAGCGCGCUUUGCCUUAGGCUGAUUUUUAUGUGUAAGAAGAAAUAAUUCACCGGGUCAUUAUCGAAAAACAGUAGCGUUGGUUCGACGAAUUUUAGACUUUAGGUUAGAUUGUCUUAGUCAAAUUAAGAAAUGAAACACAUAACAGUGACGCAAAGAACUAAACAGUGUUGAGUUUAAUCAAAAGAUUUUUUUAUCUAGUAUUUAUUUUUCUUUGAAUUUUUAAAUACUAUUUGCAGUGUAGUAGUAGUAACAAAGGGUAUCUUAAGCUCUUCCUUGCCAAUUUUUUUGUAACACACACACACACACGUAAUGUAUCGUUUAAGCUUUUAUAAAUGUCUGAAUAUCAUUUAAUUUUAAUAGACAUAUAAGAAAUAUAUAGAUAUAACUAAAAGUAUAAACGAAUACGUAAGUGAUUAAAUAAUUAGAGAGUAGAAUUAUUAAUUAUAGGAACAGAUUAUUAAAAUAGACGCUCCUAAAAUGAGUGCCCUGCUUAUACACAAUUCAACCAAUACAUCACAAUAACCACAGAAUUCAAUUAACUUUAAUUUCCAUAUAAAUUUCACUAUACCCUCGGAAAACGUCACAUGUGGAGAUGAUCAUCACAAUGCAAUUAAUUCUAUGUUCAUAUAAUCGUUUAUAAAUUGUAUCUAUUUAAGAGCAUAAUGCUAUUUGGAUGUGAUCGACGGGUACACUCUUAGAGAGUUUAGAUUAAGCUUAGCGUAUGUGUAACGGUAAUACUUCGAAUUUCGUGAAUGUUAUUUAGUAGACGAGUUUCGACUUACGUUCUAUUCGAUAGAAAACAUUUUGAUAAAAGGCUUAAGCCGUUUACGUAAAGUUAUCAUUCCGAUGUCACUCGCUUUAAUAUUAAAAAAGCCACGUUUCAUUUAAAAAAGUCUAAACGGAAUAAGAAAAACCGUAAAUCUUCAGGUAGACCAAUAAGGCAAUUAAUUCUAUACAUUUUUAUACAGUGUGAUAUUUUUAAAUAAUUUUGACCAAAGUUUUUUUUUUUUUUUUUACUUUAGUUAUUUAGCUAUGAGCGCAACAAACAAAAGCUUUCAUUUGACACAUCAGAUUUGUAAGAAAAAAUUUUUUUACUUCAAUAAAAAAGAAACAUCAAAGUUAUCACUUGUGGUUAUACCACACUCUACAUUUAUCUAAAAAAUAGUUUUAAAAACUAUUUCCAUAGCAACUAAAGAACUUGGCAAAUACGUCUGGUUCCUCUAAAUUUUUCUUUGUUAUCAACAUAUUUCAUGACGUAAGCUUUUGUGUUAUUAAAAAAUGAAAAUAGAAUACUAUGUUGAAUAAAGAACUUAAGGCUUUUUUUUCUGUUGUCAGUAAAUACCAUAUCAAAACUUGCAUUAUGCUAUAAUAGUUUUAUUUGUUUUAAAAAACAAAAAAAUAUAAUUUCAAACGCAAUAUUGACAUUUUAAAUGCUUAGUGUAAGUACUAUUCGUUAAUUAAAAGUUUACUGUACUGGCAAUACCAAUAAUGUACAUUUAUCGCUCAAUUUCUAGUCUCUGUAUUUCUGCGGAAUAUAAGAUUAAUUUAAUAUGUGGCAAAAACUGAUACUAUCCAUAUUAUUUGAGUUUUACUUCUACGUUAAUAUUUCGUUCCUAUUUUAUUGUGUUAUUGUUAAUGGCAAUUUUUUUUUGUUAAUGUCAAUAUUCCAUACCAACAGUUGAUUUCAAAAACGUUAUAUUUUGUAAAGAAUGUUUUUGUUUCAAGUAUCUCAUUUUUGCUUCAUUGUAACUGUAAUUCCAGCUUUAUUAUUUAUACAAAUUAUUUUAUUGAUGUUAUGUCUUUUAUUUUCUAAAUAAAAUUUUAAUCGACAAUUAAAUUUA